UGCGAUUUUCCCAACCAGUCUGAUACCGUCGUCAGCGAUGGAACACUUCCGCAAAGUUCCUGCAGUGGUGCGAGCCUCCAAGGUUCAAGUUCUCAACCGAGUUCGUUGGCUGUGGGAGGACCUUCCAGACGGUUACGAUUCCUUCUGGUUUUUGGACAUUUAUCUAGCGGUCGCGGCGGUUCGAUUCGUGCCAAAGAAUGUCCGACAACAAGCUGGUUGGUAUCUGUAUCAGACGAUGGCCCUCUACCAAAUGAUUAUCGGACUGCUGGACAUGAUCUACGCCUUGCAAAAUUUGACAGACGUCUUGGCCGCAAUCUGGUACACGAUGUCAUUCUUCGCGAUACUUUUGUGUCUUGUCAAGCAUUACAUUGUGCUACGACACUACGAGGCCAUUCAUGAGCUACGUAUUUUUCUCAACCAGCAAAGCUUCUGCUCAGGAGAUCCAGCAUUCGACGGUAAAAUCCGGAAACGGUCAUAUACAGUCUGUCAGUUGUUAAUCAUGACAGUUCUCUGCGUAAUUGUGCUACAACAGAUUUCAAUAUGGAUUCCCACCAGUCAACGCGAUCGAACCUUCAGCAUUCCUCCUUGGAUGAGCUCAUAUUGCGGAGUGUUUUUCAGCUUCAUUCUACAAAUUCUUUAUUUUGGAACAUUCACUGUGAUUUGGGUGUCCAAACUUUUCAGCUGCACUGUCGUUGCAUCAAUUCUCAUUAUUCGAGUAAAAACUGAACAGGAAAUUCUGGCCAAAAACUUUGAGCUGAUGAUGCAAACCUGUUUGGAAGAGAAUUUCUUUGGAAGCUACCAGAACUCUAACCGAGCUCGGAAACAAUUUUGGGAUCACACCAAAAAUCAUUUGAAAACAGUUCUCGAUCAACAACACGAAUUACUGAAACACCUUGAGCAGCUGAAAUCUCUCGUGGAACCACUGUUUUUCUUCAUCUACUACGCCUCGCUAAUCAUCGUCGGAACCGUGUUCGUCGUGAUCCUCAGAGAACCGCUCUCCUUCAUGACGAUGGUCAUCCUUUCGUCAACCACAAUCAGCGCCCUGGAGUGUUACUUUUUGUGUUACCUGCUGGAUUCCUUCAAGGAUGUCGUAACUUUCAACCAACGCCCAAUUCAAACGUCUCAACCCCCUCAAAAUUCCACUCCCACCUUCCACAGAACGAAACGAUCACCGACCACAUGUUCUGCUUCUGCUCCCAGCUGCCCCACUCCGGGGAUCACCACGCGGACUACGUGGACGUGCGCGCCACCCUCAUGGUGGUGGGAUACUUUUGCCGCCACGGAAUGUCCUUUCAGUGUGCUGGGAUCGGGGACAUUUCGUCGGCGGUGUUUGCCGAUCUGGUCAACAUUUCCUACUCGGUGCUGACGUUUUUGCUGAACGUGCUGUGAAGUGAAGGGUGCCAAAUGAUCAUUAGAAGUAUUGUUAAACAAUUUAGUGAAAUGUCACUUGGAAUUUAUGAUGGUUAGCAAAAACUGCAACUCUAAACAAAAACGUUUUUUUUUUUGUAGUUUUGAAUAUUUUCGAAAGAAUCCAAUUUUUGAUUUACGUAAGAUUCACUCAAAAUUACAUCGAAUCCCAUUGAGUUCAAAUUUUCCACUAUGAUUUAAGGUUC